AUGAUAAUCACACGGCUCAUCUCCGUCACAAACUUUGCGGUCGCAUCGUCGGCCCUCGGGUUCCAGGUCUUCGUCCUUUAUCCAUGGCACAUGCAGUUGGACGAGUCUUUCGAAGAGCUGAAGAAGGAGCACAUCCGGGUUCUGGCGGCAGUGAAGGAGGUCGCCAAGGAGGUCGACCCGGAGUCACGGAAGGGCAUGACCGACUCCAUCCUGGGCCGCUUGGGUUUGACCUCGAACAGCGUGAGAAGGCUGUUUUGGUCUGGUCAACCCAAUGCUGUCGCAAGUGCCUUCACCACAAGUAAUGCCGUAGACAGCUUUGAGGAGGACCUCCCUGUGGCCUCCGACCCGGUGAAGCCUGUGAUGAAGGUUCCUCUUGCUCUUCCCAAGCCGAGAAUGGGCGUCUCCGAGGUAGCCCGAUAUGCCUUCUCCGGUGCUAUCUGCUGCUCCUUCACUCAUGCCAUUCUGACCCCGGUCGACGUCGUCAAAACGCGAGUUCAACUCGAGCCAGCCAAGUACAACCGCGGCCUCGCAGGCGGCAUGCGCCAAAUCAUCGCCGGCGACGGCGCCGCAGCCCUCCUGACCGGCCUCGGGCCAACGGUAACGGGCUACUUCCUGCAAGGCGCCUUCAAGUUCGGGGGGUACGAGUACUUCAAGCGCCAGGCCAACGACUGGCUAGGACCAGAGGCGGCAGCGGCGAACCGCAACGCCGUCUACCUCGCCUCGUCCGCCUCUGCGGAAUUCCUCGGCGAUAUCCUGCUCUGCCCCUUCGAGGCCGCCCGCAUCAGACUAGUCUCGCAACCUACUUUCGCGCCGAGCAUGCUUUCGACGCUCGGCAAGAUGACCAGGCAAGAGGGUUUUGCUGGACUGUACUCCGGUUUCAUGCCCAUAGUGCUCAAGCAGGUCCCAUACACAAUGGCCACAUUCGUCGUGUACGAAAAAGCCAGCGAGGUGGCAUACACAUGGAUCAACAAGGCCACGGCGUCGAACGCGGUGCUGUCCGGCGUGAACCUCGGCUGCGGUCUCGUCGCCGGCAUGGCCGCCGCCAUCGUCUCGCAGCCCGCCGACACCGUGUUGAGCAAGAUCAACAAGGAGAAGGGCCGCCCGGGCGAGGGGAUAGCGAAGCGCAUCGUCGCCAUCGUCGCUCAGCUCGGCUUCCGGGGGAGCUACACUAGCAUUGGCCCGAGGCUGGUCAUGGUGGGCGGGAUGACGGCCGUGCAGUUCGGGAUCUAUGGGCAUAUCCAGAGGGCUCUUGGUGCUACUAGUAGUGCACCUGCCGUUGAAGAUGCAGGGAUAGCGGGCGCUGUUGACGCUGCCGAGUGA